CUAAAACUAAAAUAAUCUAUCAGAUCCCUUCAGUUCAAACUGCUCCAGGCUAAAAGCUGCCAGAGCAUUUCACACUAUAAGAGAGCAAAGAUCAGAUGAAACAUCCCUUUGUCCCCUGCAAAUGGCACAUUAGCGCUAAUGGCCCAUUAGCCAGAGCCUAGGGCUUGCCAAUCAGAAGGGCGGAGGUUUAAAUCUGCAGGUUGCUCGGUCCCUGCUCCUUCCAACCUAGCAGUUCGAAAGCACGUCAAAGUGUAAGUAGAUAAAUAGGUACCGCUACAGCGGGAAGGUAAAUGGCGUUUCCGUGUGCUGCUCUGGUUCGCCAGAAGCAGCUUUGUCAUGCUGGCCACAUGACCUGGAAGCUGUACGCCGGCUCCCUCGGCCAAUAACACGAGAUGAGCGCCGCAACCCCAGAGUUGGUCAUGACUGGACCUCAUGGUCAGGGGUCCCUUUACCUUUACUUAAUAGCUCAUUAGCAUAAUUAAAUCCAGACGGUCUCCUCCAUGUAUUUCACAAUGUUUAAUCAAAUCGUGAUAAUUUUAACCAGACAUGUCCCAAGUCCGUUUCGGGGGUCUAAUCCAGCUCACUGGCCUAAUCCAGCCCCUGUGGCAGUUUAUUUCCUGGGGUAAAAUCCUAAAAAAGAGAGCUCAACUUCAAUCCUAAAAAAAGGUCAACAACUUUGGUCAGCCAUCACACGUUCACUUCAUCAAAUCUGGCUCUCUUUGAAAAAGUUUGGACACCCCUGAUAAACUUUUCCUAAAUCAAGGAAUUAUGGGGAGUCUGCUCCUCCCUCCCCCAAUUCAAAACAGUAUAUUUCUUUUGUAUUAGCAUGUUUUAAUGUUGUUCACUACUUUUGGGAGUUUUGGGGGUGAAAAGCAGUAUAUAAAUAAAACAUAUCCUAACAAGAUCCCAGACACCCAUCACUCCUGGUCCUCUAGUCAACUGGAUCCCAAACUGAUUAAGAAAGAGGAAGCAGAGAGCAGGAAAAAGGCAAACACAGGUACCACUUCUUAAAAUUUGGACACGGUUGGGUUCCCAUCCCCACGUGGCAGAGUGUUGCCAUUGUUGUGAGGGUUAAAGGGAGAAGAUUUUCUGCUUUUUGGCCAAGAUCAAACGUAGGAUCUGCUCUUACCAGUUUAAUAACUGGCAUGUCCUCUGCUAAACAAUAAAUACAAAUACAACCUUUGACCUUUCAAACUUUGGGUGGGCGGGUCAUUGCGUUUAGUCGUUACUAUGCUAUUUCCCCCCACGCCCAUGGUUUUAUAUUGUAAAAUCUUCGGAUGAAGGGCGGAUACAUGCCACCUUGCAAAUGUAAGAAAGACAAGUGGUGCAAUCAAAGGGCAUUUAAGCACUACCAUUAGCAUAUCUUCAUGGGUGUGAGUCGUUUCCUGAAAAGUGCAUUACUGUAUUCUGUUUUUUUUGUCCCCUCGCCCCAAUUCUCUUCAGCGCCACGCCCCCUUCAGACCGAUUGGCGUCUUGCUCGUCUCGGUGUUGUGCCGCGUCUACGCUUUCGCCCGUGUCCUCCUUUCCGUUUCUCCUCGGUUUGCAGGGAUCCAGGCUGCGAAGACAGUAGGGAUCCUCCGUCUUUGGACCCCAUAUUUACCUCUGCCGCUGCGGGGCGGGACUCUCUUUCUCCCGCGUUGCCCAGACCGCGCAUUUUGCGCGCAAGGAGGCACACCCAUGGCCGCUGCCGGAGACCCCUCCAUAACUCUCCAGGACGAAGCGACUUGCUCCAUCUGCUUGGAUUACUUCCGCGACCCGGUGAUGAUCAUCGACUGCGGGCACAGCUUUUGCCGACCCUGCAUCGCCCAGUGCCCGGAGGGGCCGGGCCGCGACCUCUCCUCUUGCCCCCAGUGCAGGAUAGCUUUUCCCCGGGGCAACCUCCGGCCCAACAGGCACUUGGCGAAUAUGGCCGAAGCGAUACAGCGCCUCCGCCAGCAGCGCCUAAGCCUAGCCCAAGGGGAGUCCAAGAAGAAAGCGCCGAAGUUGUGCGGGAAGCACUACGAAGCCCUCCGGCUCUUCUGCCAAGAGGACCGCGCCUUCAUCUGCCUGGUCUGCAGGGAAUCCCGGGCGCACAAAGCGCACGCCACCCUCCCCAUCAACGAGGCUUCCCAGGAUGCUAAGGAUCAGCUCCAAAGUUGCCUAACAACCUUGAAGGAGGAGAGAGAUGAAAUUUUGAAGGGGAUUGAAGUGUGCAGUCAGAGAGAAAUUCAGGAAAUGAAGAAUCGUCUGGGAAGCAUCAGGGAUCAAGUUGCGGGAAACUGGGAACUACAAGUUGUGGGAAACUGUGCAGAGCUCAUGCAGUCAAUCGACAAAAUAGCCAGUGAAUUCUCAGAGCGCAGCUCUCAUCUCGCCAAACUGAUUAAAGAGGUAGAGGAGAAGUGCCUGAAGUCUGCCUUUGAACUCCUGCAGGAUAUGGAUCCCUUGCUGAGCAGAUGCAACAUAGAAAUAUCUGGGAAACCCAAAGCUGAUCUGAAUAAGAAAGUUGAGUUGCUUAAUGAAAAACUACAGCUGGUGCAGCGUCAGCUUUCAGAACAUCCAAAACCGGCCAGUCUGAGAGCAGACUAUGUUCAUGCCAACACGGUGAAAUCAAAAUGGAAAAGAAAAAACGUGGUGUUUGAUCCGGAAACAGCCCAUCCCCGAUAUAUUGUGUCUUCAGAUGGAAAAUCAGUAUGGUGGGGAAAUGUACGCCAGGACUACCCCUACAGUUCAAUUAGGUUUGAAUACGCCCGCUGUCUACUUGGAAUGCGGGGAUUCAGCUCAGGGAAACAUUAUUGGACAGUGGAUGUUGAGGGUGUCAAUCAUUGGGCUGUGGGCGUAGCCAGAGAGUCUGUGGAGAGGGAUAGAGAAAUUAAUUUUGAACCUGAUGAAGGGAUCUGGGCAGUGGGCUUUCGCCGCAAUGAUCAGUUCAAAGCUCUGACUUCACCACCUACCUAUUUGGACCCAGAAGAGGGCCCAACACAAAUCCAAGUUUCGUUGAACUACGAAGCAGGGACUGUGGCUUUUUAUGAUGCUGAAGAUAAGACCCGCCUCUUUAUUUUCGAGUCAAUUGAUUUUGAAGAGGAGGAAGUUUUCCCCUUUUUCCGGAUUGUAGAUCCAUCAGCUUGCCUCCAGCUGUGCUACUAAAGCACAUGGUCCUUGACCUUUGCUUUGCCUUUCCUGGGUGCUCAGACGAGUCCAGAUGUUAGUCCCAUAGAGCAGCGGAUAUCAUUUCUGUGCACAUUGUCUUUGAAAGUCUGCAUAGGCUGCAGUUUCCAUCCCAGGCUGCUGUCCCACAUUCUCCUUCAACAAAGGACCAAGGUGUUUUGGGUUGACUCUGCAGAUGAUUGCUUUAUAAUUCAGUACAGCAAAGAAGCACUAUAAUAUUGCAAAUAAUGUUCCUUUACUGUUGCACCCUCUUAGUGGUGCCAAUGGGGGAUUUCCUCCCAAUGCAAAUAGAAGCUUCAGAGGAGGGAUUAUACUCAGGACCAAAGCAAAGGAGGAAAGGGUUAAAUCCCCCACCACCUUUUUUGGGAUUCUAAUACAGUAAUCAUUAGCUUCUCCUCUCAGCAUUUUGCAGCUUUACAAACCUGCAUUUUGAAUGCUAAAACAAAUAUUGUCUAUUUUUGACCCUUAGUCUUCCCCUAUAUUAACUGUACUGUUUGUUAGCGUAGAACUGUAGGAUUUUACUUUUAAUAAACCUGUGAUUUGAUGUAGCCAUUGCAGUCUUUCAAUCAUUUC